AUGGGCCCACAACCAACCUCACUACACGACCAACAAAACCAGCAGUAUUCGCUUCAGUGGAGGCAGUUCCACCUCAGCAAGGCGAAACUAAAAGCCACAAGUCGUAUUUCGGCACUUUUAUCCGGAUUCGCCAUGGUGGCAAUGGUGGAAACUGAUUUCAAGCAGGAUCUGGCAAGGCCAGAGGACAACACUCCACCCGAACUAAUCGUUACGUUUAGUGUUAUCACCACUCUCGUUGUGGCUGUCCACCUGCUUGCUCUUAUGAUUAGCACUUGCAUCCUACCCAACAUCGAGACAGUCGGCUACUUGAACUCAAAUGCAGCUGUUCUCGACUCACCACACAUCCACCUGCAAUGGUACAUAGAGAUAGCCUGGAUAUUCUCGACAGGCAUCGGCAUCCUCCUUUUCCUAGCCCAAAUGGCCAUCUUAGCCUGGGUGCGUUUCUACACGGUCAACAAGCUAGCCCCCAUAGCUUCCAUGGCCAUCAUAGUCCCCACUUUCCUAAUCCUAAUCGCGUUUGCGUUCCACUUUUAUCGGCAGCUGAUAAAGGCCAAAUGCGAAAAGUCGACGAAGGGCCUGGCCGAGCUG